AACGUCGUUUCCACUUUGGAGGUUAGGCUCCGAAAGGUUAUAUUGUUUAAUAGUUUAAUGUUUAUAAUCAGGCUUAUUUCAGUGUUUAGAUUGACAUAAAAAGUGUUGUCUAAAUGUGAGUGAACUAAAAUAAAUAAAAUUCGCUCAAAUUUGUGAAAAAUGAGUAGUCAGGAAGAGAACAAUUUCGAGAGGAAGAAAAGUCGAAGGCGAGAAAGCGACUCGGACGAUUCAGAUUCUGAGAAAAGAAGAGCGGAAUCCCGCAGAAAGGAUCGCGAUUAUGAAAGAAAAAGAUCUGAUAAGUACUCUGAGAGAAAAAGAACUAGUCCUGAAUGUGAUCGUAGGACAGGUGACCGAAGUGACCGAAGUGACAGAAGGCGAGACGAUCGUCAAAGUGACAGAGGGAAUCAUAAAGAUUCCAAUAAACGGGAUUACAGAGAUUCUCACAGAAGAAGAGACGAUAAAAAUGAUGAGGGAUCUCUUUGCAGGUAUUGGGAUACUGGUAGAAAAAAUGAAAAUAAGUUUAGGAAUAAUUUUGACUCUGAUGAAGAGGUUGAAGUCGGAGAACGAUUCUAUGGAGGAAAGCGAGAUAAUAACAGAAAUUCCAGAAAAGGGAAUGAAACUGAAAGAAGGAAAGAAAAUGAGCCUCCCAUGAAUGAAAAGCCUGAACAAUCAGAAGCCCCCCGAGUCCCAAAGAAGUCAGCCGACAUGCUCACCUCAAAAACUGGAGGCGCGUAUAUUCCACCAGCGAAACUUCGGAUGAUGCAGGCCGCGAUUUCGGACAAAUCUGGAGAAGCUUAUCAGAGAAUUGCCUGGGAGGCUUUGAAAAAAUCAAUCCACGGUCACAUCAACAAAGUAAAUACGAGCAAUAUUGGAAUAAUUGUGAGGGAACUUUUAAAAGAGAACAUCGUCCGAGGAAGAGGGUUGCUGACUCGAUCUAUCAUGCAAGCUCAAGCUGCCUCUCCAACAUUUACUCACGUCUAUGCAGCUCUCACGGCUGUUAUCAACGCAAGGUUUCCAUCGAUUGGCGAAUUAAUUGUAAAGCGACUUCUGAAUCAGUUCAAGAGAGGAUAUCGUCGCAAUGACAAGGCACUCUGCAUUUCCUCUGGCACUUUUAUCGCCCAUCUUGUAAACCAAAGAGUCGCCCACGAAUUAAUUGUUCUGCAAAUUCUCAUCCUGUUGACGGAAAAUGUGUCGGACGAUUCUAUCGAAAUUACGAUUGCAAUUUUAAAGGAGUGCGGAAUGUAUCUUUUGGAGACGGCCAAAAAAUCGGUGGAGCUGAUUUUCUCAAGCUUGAGGCGAAUCCUGCAUGAGGGAGAAAUUGACAAAAGGGUCCAAUACAUGAUCGAAGUUAUCUUCCAUGUUCGCAAAGAUGGUUUUAAGGACCACGAGGCUAUUCCUGAAGGACUUGAUCUUGUAGACGAAGAAGAACAGUCCACCGUUUAUAUCGAGUUCGAGGAGCAAGUUGACUCCCAGGAUAUUCUCAACGUUUUCCAGUUUGAUCCGAACUAUGUCGAAACGGAAGAAAAGUACAAGAAGCUGAUCAAGGAAAUUUUAGAUACGGAUAGCAGUGAUUCGGAGGAGGGGGAAGAAGAAGAAAGCUCUGAUGAAGAAAGUGAUGCAGAGGAAGAAGCAAAAGAACAAGCUCUUAUUAUAGACAACACGGAAACCAAUUUGACUGCUCUGAGGAGAACGAUCUAUUUGACGAUUCACUCAUCUCUCGACUUUGAAGAGUGCGCUCACAAACUUUUGAAAAUGCAGCUGAAACCCGGACAGGAAAUUGAAUUGUGUCACAUGAUUCUUGAUUGCUGCGCUGAAAAUCGGACUUAUGAAAAGUUCUUUGGACUUCUCGCUGCGCGUUUCUGCGCGAUUAAUCGAAUUUACGUCACACCUUACGAGCAAAUCUUCCAAGAUUCCUACGACACAAUUUAUCGCUUGGAUACGAAUAAACUUCGCAAUGUAGCCAAUUUUUUUGCCCAUCUGUUCUGUACCGAUUCGAUUUCUUGGGAGGCGCUUUCCUGCAUCAAGUUGAAUGAAAACGACACAAACAGUUCCGGUCGAGUCUUUAUCAAGAUUUUGUUUCAAAAAUUGUCCGAGGAGAUGACCCUUCCAAAACUCAACGAAAGAUUCAAGGAUCCAACUUUCCAGGAUGCUUUUUCGGGGCUAUUUCCUAGGGACGAUCCGAGAAAUACCCGGUUUUCGAUCAACUUUUUCACAACGAUUGGAUUAGGAGGAUUAACAGAUGAUCUUCGCGAGCAUUUGGAGUCUCGACCAAAACCAGCACCAGUUCCACAAAUUAAACUCGAAGAAGAGGAAUCUUCAAAUUCUGAUAGUUCUUCAUCUUCGAGUUCUAGUAGUAGUUCGUCAUCUAGUUCAUCAUCUGAGAGCUCAGAUAGUUCAGAUGAUUCCUCGACAAAGAAAAAAAGAAAGAGGAAAGCUUCCAAGAAGACAGAAGAAAGCAAGGAUCGAGGACGGAAAGUAAAAAAGAAGAAGGAAGAAAUUAAGGGAAGAAAGAGCAGGGGAAAAAGUAGGGACAAAAGCAGGGAUGAAAUUAGGGACAAAAGCAAAGACAAAAGAAACCGAGAAGGAAGCAGGGAGAGAAAAAAUAGAGACAGAAGGCGUUAAAUCUAUUAGAUAUUUAAUAAUUUUUUAGAAAUAUUUUUCAGAUUUUGAACAUCAGGAUUAAAUUAAAAGUUAAAUAAAAAUUAUUUAAUUUUAAAUAUUUUAAGUUUAGAAGUUCCAAUUAUUUUGAAUGCGUCGAUUUUGUAAGAAAGGUAUUCUAAAUAUUUAAAUUGAACAUUUUUUCAAGUAUAAAAGUUAACAUUUUUUAAUUUUGAUUGAUUGGUUUCCGGCACACACAGGUUUUAUCUACUCUGUGAAGACAGGAUCUCAUUUUUUGAUUAUUCUCUUAAACUAAGAACUGUAAAAACCUAAUUAUUGAAGAAAAACAAUUUAGUUUUUUUGCGUCCAACAGUUUUUGCUCUUAAUGAAUUAAUAAAAAGUGCAAAAUUAAAUUGUUGCUUAACAAUGUUAUUAUUUGGUUGAAAACUUAAUUAUGUGUUUUGUUUUAUAAACUGAAAAGUCAGUUUGAAUGUGAAAUAUUGAUGAAUGUAAAAAGGUCACAAAGUGAAAGUUAAAUAAACUUUUCAUUUAUA